UGGCAGGUUCUUGUAUGGCUCCUUCAUGUGUUCUCUCUCUACUGCUGAUACUCUAUUUUUACUCUAUUUUCUUGAGUCUUUUUAUCUUUUUGAAGUCGUUUAUAGUAGGAAAGUUAGCACACUGAAUUCCUAAUGCUAAUGGAGUAAUCAGGGGUGGAUGGAGAACUCUGAUAUUUUGGUAGCUGGAGGAGAUUAUGAAAAAUGUUGCCUUAAGAGAUUGAUUGUUACGAUUAAAAGAGUCUUUAGGUAUUCAUAUUUACUAUUUUAUGGAUUUUUGUGUUUAGAAAUGUGUCCCAGUUAUAUCCGUUUGUUAGAGACUUUGAAAUAUUGACAUAAACAAUCUUUUUGCAUUGAUCUAGAGAUGAAAAGGCACUAAAUUUUGAAACAUUUUUGAAUGUUACACUAAAAUUCUGCUAUCUCCUUGCUUUUGAUAUUGAGAACACUAUAAAUGAUGAACUCUCGCAUUAAAUUAAGGGAAGAGCUAAUAAAUGAAAGCUCUGAUACAUUCAAAAAUGCUAAUUUUGAAUGAAAACUCUAUCAAGGACUAUGUAUAGAGCUUAUCUGUAAAACUCUAUUAAUUUCUCUUAAAAACCCUGUUAAAACUACGACUUAAGUAAAAAGGAGGCUUUAAAUCAAGCCAAUCCUUGCUCAAAUUGGCUUAGAAUAUCAAUUUAUCAGUAAUCUUUUAGUAUGUUUGUACAAGACCCAAGCAGAGUUCGGCCUCUAGAUCUGAUAUCAGAUUUUAAGCAGAGAUGGGAGAAUCUAAAAUAAAUAAUUUAUCUUGGGAAUUUUAUUAUUCCCUUACUAAUGUUAUGGCUUUCAAAAAUUGGGUAAUGAAAAGUUUGAAAAAUUAACUGUAUUUUAGCCUCUGGUGAAGCAAGCUCUUGGUGAAUCGCUUUAUCAAGAGAAUUUAUGAGAUUUAAGCUUCUAAAAUACUUUCCCUGUGAUGUUUAUAAGCUAGUUCUUUUAGUAGCAGCGAAGAAAAAUGUCGGCCUAUUGGAAUUUUGUUGCAAUAGACGGAAGAUUUACUUUGAUUUAUUGUAUAAUAACACUUGUAGCCGAAAAAGAAAGAAAUUGUCUGCUAAAUGAACAUAUUGAUGUUUUCUUCCUUAUAACCACAACACCUACUGUGUUAACAUGAUUAGAUAAAGUCUGAAUCAAAGUAUGAAAUGUUCAAAUGGGGAAAGUCUCUAAUUAUUGCCUAUUUCUAGCAGAUUUUACCUAAUUUUGCUAAAAAGCUGACCACAACUGUUUGGGGCUUCUUGAGAUCGAUAAACAAGGAUGAAUGAUCAAUGUAAAUUCUUUAAGAACAUGUUGGAGGUGCAGACUUGGCUGUUCAGAACCCUCCAAAUCUUACUGAGAAGAUGGAGAAAAAUUGUUCAGUACAUAAUCUUCAGUUGUAACAACUCUUUAAGACUUUUUAACAUGUUGAGAGCUUUGGAAUUGCAAAUUUUGAAGUUUAUCUCAGACUGGCUUAUUCUCUUUAACUUUGAAUACUUCCAAUUUUUCGAAUUUACUCCCACAAAAAGGAGUUAAUAAACUAAGAACAACCAAAUUGAGUUGCAACCAAAAUUUAUUAAAAAUGUACAUACUCUUCCUUAAGAAGUUUGUACUAAAUUUUAGUGUGAGCAAGGUCUAAAAGAGCCUCUUAAGAAGGAUUCUGUAAUUAUCACAAACAAAUUUGCUAUCAAAAUAAGUU